AUGGUCCUACUGUUUCUCUUUCUUUCUUUCUUUCUUUCUUUCUUUCUUUCUUUCUUUCUUUCAUCUUCUCCUUUUGAAACAUUGCUUUUAUAUUUAUUCCUUCUUUAUCAACUCACUUCUCUCACAUUCUCAUUUAUCCUACUUUUCCCCCUCUCUCCUUUUUUUAUCUCUCCCUAUCUCCUUUUCGUCACUCUCUUUUACCCACACAUUAUUUUUUCGCUUCCCUCCCUUUCCCUUCUUUCCUUCUGCCUACCGCGUUUUCUUUCACUUCAGUACUGUUUCCGCCUUUUUACUUUUCUCCUUUACGAUAAAGCUAUCUUGUUUUUGUCAUAUCUGUCUAUCUAUCUAUCUAUCGAUUUCAUUCUAUUUAUUUCUCUCUAUCCCAGUUUGUUUAUAUCUAUCUCUGUCUAUCUAUCUCGUUUUCGUCAUGAUGAUCUAUCUAUUUCUUUCAGUCUAUUCAUAUCUAUCUAUCUCAAUUUGUUUCUAUCUAUCUAUCUCUAUUUCUUCAUAAUAUAUCUAUCUCAGUUUGUUUAUAUCUACUUAUCUACCUAUGCCAAUUUUAAAUCUCUCUCUCUCUCUCUCUCUCUCUCUCUCUCUCUCUCUCUCUCUCUCUGUCUGAUCAUAUCUAUCUAUCUUUAA